CCUCCAAGCACCUCUCAUGGCGGGGAAGGGCAACGGAGGGCAGGCAGGCGACGCCCCGGCUCCAGCGCCGGCCUCGCCGCCGCCUGGUCUCGGUGCAGGUGGCGCACCAGUUGCGGUCGUCGUCGGCGUGCACGAGGAGGUGCCACCGCAAGAAGAGAACGCGGAGCUGCCCGCUCACGGUGCUGGUCUCGGUGGAGGCCUUCAUCUGCCAGUCGCAGUCGACGUUGCCGUGCAGGAGGACGUACCAGAAGGUCCAGAAGAACAGCACCCGGCGCCGGCCGCUCAUGAUGCAGCAGCCGACGUGGACCUGCUUGAGGCGCUGGCACCCGAACACCAAGAAAAUGCCCCGGCGGCGCCCGAUGGCGAUGAAGAUGCAGGUGCGCUGAACCUACACCUGCAGGAGCUGGAGGCACAACUUGACGCGCCUGAACCCAGCGACGUGACCAUGCAGCAGCUUGAGGGCUCGAGCAUCCUGAGAGAGAUGGAGCUGGCAUCUGGGCUCCCCAACCCAAAGAAACCCAGACUUGAUCCACCAUCGGGACAGACGAAGAUGAAGGUCGUUCCAGUUGACGCAAACCGCGUGCCGGAUGUUGGCGGAGGGUCUGGGAGCACCGUGCUGAUGAAUGCAGAUGCAGGUGCAGGCAUGGGUCCUGUUCCUCAGCUUCCCAUCUUCCCUGGGCCUCCUCCGCUGCGUCCUAUGGUCUUGUGUCCUGCAGGCUGCGGCAGGCCGGCAGUGAAAAACACCAUAGGAACUUCUAUGGUACCGCCCAUUGUCUUGCCCCCGCACCUAUGCCUUUGCGAGCCGUGCUACAAUGGAGCACCAGACCGGUGGGAUACUGAUUGCGCUGUUUGUCGCAAUUUCUACGGAGCGUACCCGGGGAAAAAAAGGAGGUCUCCGAGUUUCUGAGUGAAAUUCUUCUAGGAAGACUACAAGCUGCCGAGGUCAGAUGGUCAGGAGGGCAAAGAAGUGUUGGAUGAAGACGUGUCUACCAAAUAGAGGGAACUAAACUUCAAUUGAAUACCCGAAUAUUUAUGUUAUUCCAGUUGUUAAAUUACCUUAUGGACGAUCCGGUUUAUGUUUAAGUUCCUAAUUUAGUGGUGCUCCAAGUGUUAAGUUACCAAAAUAACGUAGUUGAAUUGAUCACAUUUUGGCCUGGAUUGUACUAUUUAUCUGGAUGGUGCAUUUUUGCAAAUUUUCUGUGACGCUUCUACCA